CGUCUGAGAGGACGUGAAGCAAGAGGUGAUAAUGUUUUCAGUUUAUAUGGCUCCGUAUGCAAUUCAAAGUGGAGUGACAUUAUAAUGGACAAUGGAACUCAAAUGCUGGGCAUGAAGUUUGUUGAUGGAACGCGUGCUGAUGAUAUAAUGUGGAAAGAUGAAGAAGUUAAUGUCGUCCCCAAAAUUGAGGAAACUUUUGAACAUAAGCCGGAACGCACGGGAAGGAGGUGAAGCAACGGUUCCAACAUCUUAAAUGGAGUGGUCGUACUCACAGUUUAAUAUUUAAAUUCACAAUGACAUUCUCAUUCAGAGAAAGGACUGGAGACUGUGAAAUGUUGUGGAAAGAAAGCUCUGCGCUUGGCCAGCUGAGGAAACUCGAAUACUAAGACACGCACCAAAUCCUUACAUUGUGAUUGGAAACUCCAGAAUCAGUAAGUCACUGGCCAUCGGCUCACUUCUCCUUCACACCCUGGCGAUGCCGGCCACCUCAACGUGGUGCCAGGGUCCAGUACCCCGUAUCAUCGGGGGAAGCCAAGAGCCAGCAGCGUUCCUUUCAUGGGGAACACUGCUGUGCUCCGGCUACGGCAUCAUACAGUACAGGGAUCAGCAGCGUCUUGCUGGGACACCGUUUUUCAUUUGUCGGUCCCUGGGCACGUGCCAGCGUGCCAUCAGCAGUAUCAUCCGCACUAAGAUGCUGCUGUCCGGUGAUGUGGAACUCCAAAAAAAAAGGAUUGCCAAUUGGCAUCUUUGGGAGAGUCCAGGGUGGGAGGCUUCUCGCCCCAUCUGCUGUAUUCCGUUCAUAUGCGGAAAUACAACAAAAAUUAUAGAGAGUGUGUUAGGAUGAAUGAAAAAGGGAGACUCUGCCACAGUCGCCAGACCGAUAGCAUUUCAGGGCUCUACGGUGAUGGCUGAUGGCCGCGCCAGUGGGGGGAAACUCCCACGAAGGCACGAAGAAAAUUCAAAAAAAAUUCUCCUUCACAAACUAAAGCAUGAUGCCAGAGUAUUGCCUGUUACCGCAUAUUUUAUAGGAGGUCAUGCAUGCAUAUAUAUAUGUAUAUGUAUAUAUGUCUGUGUUGUAUCUUGGAACGUUGCGCCCAUAUGGCAAAUGGAUUGGAAGACUGCUGCUGCAUAAAUUCAUCAACCUUGGUCGCAUCUAUCGUACAGGAGAUUCCGAAACGUAUGUGUGCACGCUGCACUUUGAAUCCGCAUUGAGGGUGGUAACUUUCCAGUCGCGCAGAGACGUUGCACGACAACAUUGUGUGAGGAGAGUCACUCAUAUACAGAUCAGUUUUGUCUUGUGUUUUGAAGGUGAUGCCGCAAGUGCUUUCGAUUUUCCCAGGGUAUUAUUUCCUUUUAUUGACAUGAUAGGGUCAUUGCCCGCAACCGCGGAGUGGAAACAGGAAACGAUGCAGGAUGUCAGCGUGUUGAACCGCCUGAGCGAUAUUUUCCUGAACUUCAGUAAAGCACAGCGCCUUCCAAAUAUCCAUGAGGGAACAAUCAACUCUCCACACACCAUGCAACUUUACGGGUUCCCACCCAUUUUCCCACUAUUUGAUACCUUGUUUGUUGUGGAUUGCGACACAACCACCGAAGUUGAAAAUCAACGAAAAAUAAACGGUGGUGAUGUUGCAAUUCCAAACUGCUGGAUCACAUGAUAACAAAACAGGAACAGCCCUUAAUAUGCUCGAGAAUCCUGUCCUUCUAACAUGUGAUGCGAAUAGGGAUAUGUUUUUGAGAAAUUUUAUGAAUGAAUUUGGGUGGGGAGUUAUUUGUGCUCAGCAUGUUGCCGUCAGAAAGAUGAGACGCCAACAAUUGUGCAACGAUACAGCGGGCAAAUGAAGUGAGGAAGAUCGCAAAUAUGUUCAUUUAUUUUGGGCCAACAGUAUGAAACAUUACCUUGUGCAAUUUAAUGUUAAUACCGUCGCUAUGUUAGCUAUUGAAAAUAUUGCGGGGAG